CGUGGGGUGAGUGAGGGAGUUCUCUCUCUCUCUCUCAGAAGUCGGAAUCUUGCGGAUAACAUCUGUAAUUCCGCUCUCUUUGUGCUCAAACAGCUGCUGCGGUGCGUUUUCACUUCAAAGCGGAGGAAAGGAAACAAUGCGGGAUUCACUGUGUGUGUGUAAUUCCCAGCAGAGAGACUGAAGAGGAGAGGAGAGAGGAGGAGGAGGAGAAGAGGAGAAGAGAACGGAACGGGGGAAUGGUGGAGUUUCUGAAAGUCAGGGUUCCACUUUCAGCCACGGAAAUCUGCCAGUUACUGAGGCCAUGAAGCUGAAUCCAAAACAGGCUCCGUUAUACGGUGAGUGUGUGCUGACGGUGCAGCUCAGUGAGGAGGAGUGUGUGGAGGAUGAUGAGGACGUGGAGUUUUACCUGCUGUUCUCCGGCAGCACGCAGAGACACCUGAGCACCACGCUGAGGCUCAGUCAUGUGACCCUGCAGGCUGUGUGUCCAGCUCACGAUCGUGAUGAGACGGUUCAGGUCACACUGUGUCAGGCGCGACCCGGUGGUUCUGUUGACCCGGUGGCAGAGGAACGGUUCCAGUUUGUCCACGAUCUGGCUCUGGAAAUGGCUCACUUCCUGAUUAGCGCCACGGCUCACGGGGGCGGCCUGGAGGAGGCGCUGCUGCUCACAGACUCCCACAGCCCUGUAGAGGAGUGCGAGAGGCUGGAUGAGACGCUGACGCUCGCACUGAAGCACCUCCCACUACCGCCUGGGUGGAGCGUACUGGGCCCCGACUUCAACACACACAGUCCCACAGAUUUCAGUCCCCAUGAGACGUUGCUGCACUUUGCAGCUCGUCGAGGUCUCCGGAGAGUCGCUCUGUUCCUCCUGCAGCAGCCUGGGGGACGAGACGCCCUGCGGCUGGCCAACAGACACGGACACACACCUGCCCGAGUGGCGCAGAGCAGAGGGCACACACAGCUACAGCACCUUCUCUCAGAGCUUGAGAAAUCACCGUGCCUUGAAACAAAAGCAUCUAGACGGUGUUACCCAGCAGGCCGAGCGUUUGUGCACCACCCGAGGCUGAACACCUUCACGCUGACGGUGGAGAACGAGGCAGAUGGAGAAGCUCCAGACCUGAGGCGAGACGUUGAGGAGCUCCGCCGCUACACUCACGCUCACAACAAGGGAGGAUCUUGGAAGCAGUGGCAGUCCUUUCCGCUGAUCCUGAGCUGGGAUUUCGUUGGUGAUUUGCACACGGAUGUGGUGAGUCCCUCUGAAGAGCCCUCCCUCCAAAAACCGUCGGCUUGCGAGCAUCAGGAAGUCAACACCGAGGACGAAAACGGCGAGCGUGCUGAGUUUCCGAAUGGCAGUCCCCGAUCAGAAGGAGGUGGAACGCCGGAGUCCGGUGGAGGCUCGGAUUCUGGGAAACGGACUUUGGGAUUAGAGGGAGUGUGUGUGGUGAAGCAGGAGGACUGUGCAGCUGUCAGCAGCGUUUCCUGUCGAGAGCAGCAGCAGGAGGAAGUAGAUAGUGAGCCGAGUGUAAUCAGGGAGGCGCCUCAUAUCGACACUGUAUCCGAGACAAAGACGCACAAUAAAAACCAAUCUGGCAACACGCAGGAGGGAAUAAUGGGUCAAACACAGGGACUCCUCCCCGAGAAAGAAGAAAAGAGCAAGGCGAAAGGGGAAUUACCAGAGGAAAGGGAAGGAGAGCGUAAGUCCGGGCAGGAAGCUGGUUCGCAGAGUCGGAGCUCACAGCUGCUUGAUGGACAAAUGGACAGCGAGAAACGCUCGGGCUUUUACUUAAAAUUAAACGUUAAUGCUUCUGAAAAAGGGAAGGAGAUCCAGAGCCAGGAAACAGGAAACUGCAACGAACGGAUACACGAGUCCACGUACUGCACAAAACGGGAUCAAGACCUCAAUGAAGAUUUGGAUUCGCUAAGUUUCAGACCCAACAUGGUUCCUGGACCAGUCCACAACGUACGCCUCGAACCGUCUCCAGUUGUCGAACAGUUGCUUGAUGCAGCCGCAGGUGACCAAAUCCACACUCCACCAGAAACCACGUCUGAUUUCUCAGAACAGAUGAGUCCAGAUUUCGUAAAAGAACCUCAUGAUGAUGUCACCGAUGACCCAGGACGACCUGAUGGAUUAGUGCUUGACGUUUCUCUCAUGACUGAGCAAGGUGCUGGAGAAAUCCGAGUUGAUCAGACAUUACUUCCUGAGACAGAAGAAAGUUCCUCACCUGGAUCAAAACUCAAUGUCCAACCUGAAAUGCCUCCAGAAAUAUCAGAAGAAACUUCUCACCUCCAGGAAGUAUUUGAGGAAUCAUCUCAGGAGUGCAUUGAGCCACAAUCUGACACCAAAGAUGCUUGGAUCAUGGGUACCAUGGACCAGAACCAAGAUCCAGUAAGAUCACAAAGUCCAACCCUGGUUUUGGGCCAAAUUUCAGUAUUUCCUUCAGGAUUAAUGGUGUUUGAUUCCAACGUGGAAGAAACAAGUAGUGAUUUAGAGUCAAAGUUUGCAAAGGAACCACUAUUAUUUCAAACACCACCAGAGUCACCCUGUGAGUAUCUUUCAGUAGAUGGUUUUAUCAGAAGAAGUGAUUCCAUUGAAGCAUCAUGUUCAGCUUCUCUGGAACAUGGCCAUCCUGCAGGUUCACAAGAGACCGUGGAGGAUGGAGAGAGGGUGGAAGCAGAGCUGCUUGAGGAGUGUGAAAGCUCUACACCUCUGACAAUACUGUGUCAUUCCUUUUCCAAUCUGACCAUCAGGGGAAAUCCCCUUAAUCCUCAGCUUGACAGCACAACUUCAGAGAACAUCGAGAGAACAGGAACAAGUGCACUCACUGGAGAUUCAGAAACCUCCAAUACCCAUACUUCAGAGAUGGAGGAGACCAAGGAGGAGGUUAUUAAGUUCGAACCAAAGCUUAUUGAGAAGUGUGAGAAACCAGAAACAUCACACAUGGUGAGUAAUGCAACGGCAACACCACUGUGCAAGUCUGUAUCUAAGGAGAACCUUGGAGGAACAGAAGCAAUUACAUAUUCUCUAGGUUCUGAAGCAACAAGUGAUGAACCUGCAGAAUCUAAGUAUGUUCAGGAGGAGUGGAUGAAAAUGCCUACAUGGCUUGGUGAAAACCCAGACGUUUCAUCACUGCCAUGUAAAACAUUACUUCCAUUUACUUCUGUCUCUAAGAACAUCACUGACCCACAUUCUGAGGUCUUGACCUUUGAGGAGGGUAACAACAAAACAUCUGAAGAUCCUCGGCCUGAGAUUAUGCCGUCUUCAGAGGUAAUUGUCGAAACAUCUCUUGACCCACUUCCUGAAAUUAAAAUAUCUGAGGGAAACAUUCAAAACCAACAAUUUCAGGUCAUUAUAUCCGAGGAGAGCAUUAGUGGAAUGUCUCUUGACCUUCAGCAUGAUCUGAUCACUUCCUCUGCGGAGACAAUGGUAGAAACAUCUCUUGGUCCACAUCAUGAUCUCACCAAAUCGUCUGAGGAGACAAUUGUAGAAACAUCUCCUGAGAUAUCUCUUCCUGAGGUUAAAAGCUCUGAGGAAAACAUUCAAGACCAACAAUUUAAGCUCAUCAUCUCGGAAGAGUGCAUUAGUGGAACAUCUCUUGAUCUGAUCACUUCCUCUGAGGAGACAAUUGUAGAAAUGUGUCUUGACCCACUUUCUGAGGUUAAAAUCUCUGACAAAAGCAUUCAAGACGAACAACUCAACAUCCUUAUCUCAGAGGAGAGCAUUACAGGAACAUCUCUGAGCCCCAAUCAUGAUGUCACAUCCUCUUUGGAGACAGUUGAAGAACCCUCUCUUGAUCCUCCUCUUGAGGUUAACAGCUCUGAAGAAAGCGUCCAAGUCCAACAACUUGAGAAGAGCACACAUGAACCUCAUAACCUGCAAGACGAGGUCAUGACCUUUGAAAAGAGCAUUAGUGAAACUCUUGACUUCUUCACACCUUCUGAGGAGACAAUCAGUGAAACCUCUUUUGGCCCACUUCCUGAGGUUAACAGUUCUGAGGAAAAUGUUCUACACCAACAACUUGAAGUCAUGAUCUCUGAGGAGAACAUAAGAGGAACAUCUCUUAGCUCGAGUCAUGAUCUUCCCAUGUCCUUUGAGGAAACAAUCAGAAUAAUGUCUCUCAGCCCCUGUCCUGAGGAAAACAGCUCUGAGGAAAAUGUUCUAGACCAACAACCUGAGGCCACAACCUGUGAGCAAAGCCCAAAUGGAACAUCUCAAGACCACAGACUUGAAGUCACAAUGUCUGAGAAGAGCAUUCAAGGCCUGCAUCAUGAGGUGGUGAUUGGAGAAACUGCUCUUCACCAGCAACUUGAGAUCGCAACCCUUGAGGAGAGCAUCAGAGAAACAUUUCAUCACACCCAGCUUGAGGAGACAACCUGUCCUGAGGUUUUCCUCACACCUCUGGAACCUCCACUUGAGGUCAUGAGCUCAAAGAUGGAUGUUGGUCUUCUUGAAGCUCCAGUUCAGAGUGAGAUUGUAAUUCUGGACAGUCGAGUUUGUGGUAGCGAUUCAGGUUUGGCUUUGGAGAACAUUUCCAUCGCUGACUCACUCGAGAUCUCUGAGCAACCAGUAGAUCUGAGCUCCAUCAUGAAUCAGGAGAGUGAUUCUGGCUUGGAUAUGGAUGCUCGCUCCUCUGUGGAAGUGGAUGGUGGUUUGACCUAUGACUUGAAACCUUUGGACGAUGUUGGCGUUUGUGAAAGUGGGACUCUGGAGGAGGAGAAGAAUCACCACACAGAGGAGAAAUGUGGAGAGGAACCAGGGGUGGAACAAGUAGCAGGGGACGGCGGCUGUUCUGGGGUCGAGGUCAUACGCACGGAUCAGUGCAGUCAGGUCCACAGGGGGGAGGAGGAGGAGGUGUUAUACUCUCUGGAUUCUGAAGCUCUGAAGCCGGAGUGCAGUAAAGAGAACACGGACACAGAUGUCCCGGUUGCGAGUGUGUGUCGGUCCGUAUCUGCGACCUCGCUGCCCGGGUCCGAGUUGGUCAGUGAUGGAGACUCGCUGUUGGGCCCAGACACCACGGAUGACACCACCUUCAAACAGAGUGAGGACACGCUCACCCUCACCAGUGGAAUUUCCGUGACUGGAUCCUUUUCUACAGAUGACUCGUCCAACACACACACUGCAGGAGAAACUGAGGAAGAGGAGAAGAAAGAUCGACUGAUGGAGGUUCUAGAGCGUUGUGCUCUUCUUCGCUCUACCAGCCGUUCUCAAUCUCCAUCCCGGCGACACAGCUGGGGUCCGAGCAAGAACCACACAGGAGAGACGGACAUGGGCCAACGCAGUGUGGUGAAGGCUAGUGAAGGAGAAAAGCCAGCGGGUCACAGGAGAAGUAUGAGCUGGUGUCCAUCACACGUUCCUCAUCCUGAGAUGGAGGAGAUGAGCUCCAGAAGUUACAGUCUGGAAGGUUUGGCUGAUGAGGAUGAGGUGAAGGACCCAGUUGUACGACACGUCACACACUCGUCCACGACGGAGAGAGAGGAGAGAGGAUCACUCGCUUCUCUCACUGAGGAGGAGAACGAGAACAACGUGGGGGAUAACAGCAGCUUAGACAGCCAGAGAUCAGUUCAGGAUGUCGGAUAUGGUUUCGUUCCUUCUCACACACUCACCAAAUCUGUGUCCAUGUCAGCGAUCAGCCCGAGAGACCUGGAUGAUUUGACGAGUUUAUCGAGCUCAGCAGCAGUGUCGCUGGAGUACAGUAUAUCUGAGGAAGACCCCGCCCCUUUGAGGAGUGACACUGAGGUCAGAGCAACAAAAGUGAGCCGCACCUUCAGCUACCUCAAGAGCAAGAUGAGCAAGAAGAGCAAGGAAAAAGACCGUGACAAGAGUAAAGAUGGUAAAGAGAAAGAAAAGAAGAGCUUUAAUGGUCAUCUGUUUAGCUCCACCCUAACCCCAUCCCCCAGCCCCUGUCUGCAAUGCAACCGACCAAUCAGCAUGAAGGAUGCUCUCACCUGCACAAACUGCAAUGUUUACGUCCAUAAAGGCUGCAGAGACGGGCUGCCCAUGUGCGCUAAAGCCAAGAUGAAGCAACAGACGGUCACUGACUCUGCUCCUCCACCCGGAGCGCUCUCACGAGGAAAAUCCGCAUCAGCGCGAGAGCGUCCCUGGUCCACUUUUUUGCUUCCUGAAGACCAGGGGUCUCUUCCUGCCCCGCCUCCUCCCCGGAAAAACCCCACCAUCAUGCCGUUUAACAGCGGCUCUCUGUCCAAAAGCAUCUCCAUCAGCAACAUCGCAGGGCAGUCGGAUGAUGCUCCUCUGAAAGCGCUGAAGAUUCUCUCUCAGUCCACGGACUCGCUCAAUAAGAUGGGGAAAGUGAACGAGUCCACCGAGUCGCUCACGGAUGAAGGGGCGGAGCUGAUGGAUGGUCACCUGAUGGUCGAGUUCGAGGCGGAUGUGAAGGAGCUGGAAGCCGAUUCCUGGAGCUUCACCGUGGACAAGAAAUAUCUGAAACAGCUGAAAAAAGACGUCAUCAAGAGGCAGGACGUCAUCUACGAGUUGAUCCAGACGGAGAUGCACCACAUGCGGACUCUGCGCAUCAUGGCUGACGUGUACAGUAAAGGUUUGCAGAAGGAGGUGCAGGUGGAGGUGCAGACGUUGGAGAAGAUGUUCCCUGUGCUGGAGGAGCUGCUGGAGCUGCACACACACUUCCUCUCACACCUGCUGGAGAGACGGAGGGAGGCGCGUGAGGAACAGCGGGGGAACGACGGAGGGUUCGUCAUCCGCAGGAUCGGAGACGUGCUGCUGGACCAGGUGACGGGCUCCAACGCUGAGAAGAUUAAGAAAGUUUAUGGGAAAUUCUGCAGCCGCCACAACGAGGCUGUGAACGUCUACAAAGAGCUACACACACGGGACAAACGCUUUCAGGCCUUCAUCAAGAAAAAGAUGAGCAGUGCUGUGGUGAGGAGGUUGAGUAUUCCUGAGUGUAUUCUCUUAGUCACACAGCGCAUCACUAAAUACCCCGUCCUGCUGCAGAGACUCCUACAGCACACCCGAGAGCCGGAGGAGGAGCAGACGGAUGUAGCCGAGGCUCUGCGGCAGGUGAAGGAGGUGCUGACGGGUGUGGACUCUAAAGUAAACGAGUACGAGAAGAGGCGGAGGCUGAAGGAGGUGUACAGCCGCACAGACAGCAAGUCCAUCAUGAGGAUGAAAAGCGGGCAGAUGUUCGCCCGAGAGGAUUUGAUCAGGGGACGGAAACUUUUGCACGACGGCCCGUUGCAGAUUAAAAAUGCAACCGGGAGACUGAAAGAUGUGCAUGCUUUGCUGCUGUCUGAUGUAUUUGUGUUCCUGCAAGAAAAAGACCAGAAAUACAUUUUUGCCUCAUUGGAUCAGCGCAGCACAGUGAUCUCGCUGCAGAAUCUGAUCGUGAGGGAGGUGGCGAAUGAGGAGCGCGGGCUGUUCUUCAUCACGGCGGGAAUCGAGAAGCCCGAGAUGGUGGAGGUUCAUGCCAGCUCCAAAGAUGAGAGGAACACAUGGAUGCAGCUCAUCCAGAAUGCCACCACUUCCAUAGAUAAGGACGAUGAUGAAGGAAUCCCAAGUGAAAACGAGGAAGACAAGAGACUGCAAGAGAGCAAAGCUAAAGAGAUGAGAGAUCAACUGCAAAAGAAGGACGAGCAGAUUGUGACGCUGUUGGAAGAAAAAGUGCGUCUGUUCCGUGAGUUGUGUGACUGCGCGAAUCAGGACGACGCCUCUCUCCGUAACAGGAUGUUGUUCAGGGCAGCGAGUGAUGUCACAAAAGGAGAGCCAAUCAUCAAAGAUGCUCUGAAGGAAGUUGAGACAUUACAGGAGCUGGUGAACAGCAGUGUGGUGGGACAGCAGGUGUGUGUGGGACAGGAGGACUCGAGUGUGUGCGCAGGGUCUGUGAGUUUACCGCGCAGAGCCGAGACUUUCGGCGGUUUUGACUGCCACCAGAUGAACAUCUCAAAGAAUGGCGACCGUGAGGAAGCAGACGAUCUGCGGAGAACUGAGUCAGACAGUGUUCUGAAGAAGGGGGGCACUGCAAAUCUGCUGCUCUUACACAAGAGGAACAGUGAGCAGGUUCUCCAGAGCGUCACUCGUCUUCAUGACCUGCUGAACACCUUACAGGCUGUAGUGGUCCAGCAGGACACUUUCAUCGAGGAGCAGCGUCAGGCCCUGAGCUCGCCAUCCCUCCGUCACCCCUCCAUCUCGUCCUCAUCCUCCAUCUCGUCCUUGUCGUCGUGUUCGUCUCGGCCGAGCUCUCUGAUGGAGCAGGAGAAGCAGCGUCAGGAGGAGAAGGUCCGGGAGGAGGAGAGGAGGAGGAGAGAGGAGGAAGACAGGAAGAGGAGAGAGGAAGAGGAGGAGCAGAGGAAACGGGAGGAGGAGCUGGUGCUGAGGGAGGAGAGACUCAUCGCCAUGGAGGAGGAGACGCAGAGGAGACACGAGGUGCUGCAGAAGGAGCAGCAGGAGCUCAGCAGCAGGAAGGAGGAGUACCAGAGAGAACUACUGAGGCUCCGGGACGACCAGAGGAGGCUGGAGAGAGAGAGAGAGCAGCUCCAUGUGCAGCAACACAAUACGGAGGACUCGGUGGAACAGAGACCGCGCACCUCCUCCUCUGCCUCAGAAGACUCUCUGAAGUUCCUGAGCUCCACCGAGUUGCCUGAAGGUGUUGAGGUUUUCUCUCGCGCAGACUCCAAACGCAAAGCCAAGAACCUGAACCCGUUUUCCUCUGCCUCGGUACACAAGGGCGGCGCCACAGAGCCACACGGCCAAAUCCCCACCCGCCUGCUGCAGCUCACUAAACCCAGAGACAAGAAGGAGAAGAAAAAGAAGAAAGGAAAAGGAGGCCAGCAGAGCCAGGCGACAGAAACCCCCGGUGCAGCGGCGCCUGAUCCCUCAGCGGAUAAAGACGUCUUUUUCUGCUGAUGUCACUCUCCGUUUUUUCCCUCCGCCUUCCCACAGUGCCGUGCAGCACCGAGGCUGACAGGUCCGGCUUUUCCACACUGGGGAAAGUUCUCCACUCUUUCCUUCCUUUCACACACACACACACACACACACACACACACACACACACACAUGUACGUGUACUCCUGCACCUGGGAAUUUGGGUGUGUGGGUUCUGGUUCCAGUUCGAGCAUCAGCUCAGCGUUCAUCACACCACUGUAGGCACUUUUUUAAUUUUUCUUCUUUGUUUUUAUUUAAAAACAUUUUCAAAAGGAGAAAAGACUUUUUGAUUUUUCCGACAGCAGGAGACGCCAAGCUGCUGCAUUUUUCCAAAAGAUUUCUGGGAGAAAAAAAAGGGGUUGUUAAUUUUUUUUUUUUUCCCCCUGAAGGAUAUUCAACUAACAAAACUAAUAACAUUGUGCAGUGUGAGAAUUUCACCACGAUGUAACAGAGGAAGUGAGAAUUUCUAGAAAUUUCCAUCCACAUUCUGUCACUUUUUUUUUUUAAAGAACCAGUCAGUGGCCUCACUUUGUUCUUGUCAUUAUUUUUAUGAUCAUUAUUCUGUUGUCUUGAUUUUCUCAAAGAUAAAUCAUUCUGUUGACGUAACAUUCUCAGAAAGUCAGUCGUAUUGGAUACGAAUUGGUCGAAAGACAUGAAAAAGUGACUUUUUAAAUAAAAAAAUUAAAUUAUCAUCUGACAAUCAUAAACCGCCUGAUCUUUAAAAGGUUUUGGCUGUGCUAGCUAGCGCUGUGCUGUGUGAAAGAGCUUGAUGUGCGGUGUGGUCUGUAGAAAAUAGUGAUAAAAUCUCUUAUCUAUCACGUUUAAAAAAUUAGGCCACACCCACAAGUGACAAUCCGUUACCAAGCAGCAUUAUGAAUGAUUAUACGCUUGGUUACAGCUCAAAAAAUAAAAUAAAAAUAAAUAAAUGAAUAAAUAGAAAAUAAACGCUUCUCUGGAGAUCUGUGAAAUUAAAUGGAUUAAAUUUUUUGCAAUUUUUUUAAAACAGUGAUUUUUAUUAUGACUUUAAUCUCAAGACAUGCACGGAGAGUAAAAUUCUAUUGAGCUUUUACUUUUAAUAAAUUUUUUAAAAUAUGCAUAAAGAUUUACAGUGUAAUCAGGUGCCUUUACAGAUGUUAUUUUAUUUCUAUUUUAUUUUCAUGUAAUUUAACUCUCCUUUUUCCCCCUCAGCCAUGACUGAACAGCAGAAACGCUACACUGAAGAGACGUAACGUUUUAAUUGCCGUCGCGUCCGUUGUCAGUCCUCUGUGGAAAUUUUUUUCUUCUUUUAUUUUUUUUAAAUUUUGCACUUUAUAUGAAGCCUGAAAGAGCCGGCUUUAAUCCGAGACGAUCAGUUUGAUUAUUUUUGUACCAUAUGAAUGUUGUGGAACUAAACAGAAAGCUAGAGGUGGUUUUGCGUGAACCAAAAAUGGAGCGAGUUUGUAAAUGGAAGGAUGAAUAUUUAAUAAGUGUAAUAUCGGAGCUGGGAGGCGAGCUGAUCCGGCGUCACCACUGAUAAAGGUUUAUUCGUGUCGUGAUGCGGAAUAUUCUGAGGAGGGGAGGGGAGGGGAUGUGAUGGAGUCCUCGCCUGCAGGACAGGCACUUCUGUUAUUAAUUUUGUACAAAUAAGAAGCAGCAGAGUUUUACAGUAAAACUGAGGAGAGUUGAUAUUGUAUUCUUAUCACGGAGAAAAAAUCGUGCUUUUUUUUUUUAUCCAUGACAUCACAAAAUUGCAAACCAAAUUAAUCCAAAAUGCGGAAGCUUUUCAAACCACUGUCUUUAUUCAGCUUUUCCAGAGUUCCCUUUAUAGGCAGCCUACUUUUGAGUAGAACACACUGAGGGUGGUGGGGGUAUUUUGAUGGUACGCGUCCACUUGCAAAUUUUUGUUUUGUUUCCUUUUCAGUUUUGAUAUUUCACUUUUAUUUCCUUUAUUUACUAGUUUCUAGGGAUGUUGUAAUAUAUCAGUAUAUUGAUGUACACAUUAUUUUAUCGAUAUGUUUCUGAGGCAUUGAUGUAUUAAAAUUAGUUGAAAUUUA